AUGACUGUGUUUGCAAGCGUGAAGAAAUGGCUGGGGCUGGGCGGCGAGGAGGAGCCGGUCCCUGCUUCCCGUGAGGCGCACGACGGACGCAGCAGCGGUCAGAAGCAGCAGCGAGCGGGGAGGGCGGCAGCAGCAGCGCAGUCGCGGCAGCCGCCGCUCACGCCGCCCGUGCUCACAGAGGUGGCAGAGGGGCAGGGCGGCAUCCAGGGCCUGGAUUGGUUCCAGCAAUCAAUGCUUCGGGACAGCCACGGCGACUGUGCACAGACCUUUUUGGAGGAGCCAUUGAGCAGGCAGCAGCGAGAGCGGGAACAAAAGCAGCGGCAGGGGCAGCAGGGCCAACCCAGCGGCAGCAGCGAGAGGCCCGCGGUCAGGCAGCAAAAGGCGGCAGUGCUGCAGAAUUGCAGCUGUCGGGCAAAGGUGGCGGGGCCCAGCGACAUGCUGGUGGACAGAGGGAAUGUGUAUGUCGUGCCACAUGGCAAUUGA